AUGGUCGGGAAGUAUCGCCACCGCAUCCACAAGAAGACGAAAAUUCGCAUCAAAAAGGGGAUGUGCUCAGAGAGUAAUCCAACGAAACAUCGACAUCGUGAAGCCGCUGGGGCCGCUCGAGCGAGAUCCUUGUCCACCGGAAUGAUGGAGGCUGUUGACGACCGACCCGAGGCUGCGAAUCACCUUCUCGAUAAACUUGGAGGAAUGAGCAUUGAUCGCAAGCAGGACUUUUCCAAUAAGAGCAUGGUUUCGGAUGGAGCUCUUUCUCGAAUUUCUCAGUUUACUGCCUGUACAAAUCACAGCUUCGAUUCGGUCCAUCGUAUCUGGAAAUCCGGUUCCCCCAUGCAGAAAGAAGUUGUGGUGGUUUUGGCUGCUGUAGCAGAAUUAAUCAAGGAGCACAAGGGUUCUGAAACAGAUGUGGAGUACUUUGCCGCUCUCCUAACCACCCUUGAAGGGUCUUCUACUUCCGAACCUUGUAGGGCUGCUGCAAUAUCUUUCUUGCUGCAGUUAAUUGUAAAGAAAGUCUCAAAGGACGUCCUCCAAUCCAAAUUUGCAAGGACGGUUCAGCCAUGGGUACGCACAAUGGCUCGUCGUGUGGUGAGAGCCGUCCUCACUGAUCCUGUGACAGCAAUGGAUAAUGGGCUCCAUGCUGCUUCUCCUAGCGUUGGGACGUUUGUACAACAACAUUUGCAGGCAGCAUUAAAAUCUAGAAGUGGGGAUAUGGCUGCUGUACGUUACUUAUGCCUUCUGGAAGGAAUUAUGCAUAAAAUGCCUUCAAAUCUUUUUAAACAGCUUGCGGAACUUAUCCUCAGAUCUUUAGCUGUUGCAGAUCGGAUGGUCAAAUGCAGCGCACUACAGUGUUUGAACCGUUGCUUGCAGCGUCAACCUUGUGAUGCUGCUUUGUCUGUCGAAAUCAACGUUUUGAUUUUGAAAGCUCUUAGGGAGCUUUGUCCACCUAGCGAGGAUGUCACCGUUUGUGCCUAUUGGAUGCAAGCAUUGGCAGAAACACAUGUGUGUCUCACAGCUAAAGAUCCGAACAGGUGUUACGGACUACUUCCAUCGACGUUUGAAAUAGUUGUCAAAUUAUUUGACACUGGAAAUGAGCAGCUUGCACAAGUGACAUAUCAGAUCAUUGCCCGACUAAUCGAAAGGAGUGUACAGGAUAAUGAGAACUGUGCGAAAAGUCUUCUCACAUUUCUGGAUCAGGCUCUUAACGUACACUCGACGACUGUUUGGAAAUACGUGUUAAGAUCGGAAAUGCGUCUCUUUGAAGUUGCUGGUAUUGGUAUUACUGGAGAAGAAUUCUGCAAAGCAAUGCAAACGCUCGCGCUAUUACGCGAGGGGAAUGACAGUUUCUGUAGGCAGGAGCUUGAUUUCACUGUGGGGUGUGCUGUGCGUCAUGUUGGAGCGCCAGCCGUGUUGUCCGCUAUACCACUUGGCAUUGAUACUGAUGCAGCGAUUCUUGACAUUGAAUUCACUCGCUCUUGGAUGAUCCCCAUACUGCGUGUUAAUUUGCAUAAUGCUCCACUCGAAUUUUUUUCGUCCUAUUUCCUUCCUCUGGCGAUGAAAAUCCAUAGGAGACUUGGCUCAUUGGAUCCCGUACCAAGGCGUUUGUAUACGACAUUACAAGCACAAUUGUGGGAAUUGCUGCCGUCGUUUUGUGAUUCACCUUCAGAUAUUGAGAAGUCAUUUCCCCAAUUGGCUCCAGUGCUCGGUGCGGCAUUGAACGAACGGCAUGAUCUCAGACCGUCAAUCCUUUCUGCUUUACGUCGGAUUUCGCGGUUCUGUCUUUCACCAGACGCAUUCCCUGAACGAGCUGAGGUUGUCAGUGCCUACGCUAAAAACUUCAUGCCAUUGCUGUUCAAUUUAUAUACUACGACUUCUAGCGACGGUAGUGCGGACAAAGGACCACGGAUGGCUAUACUGGAAACGAUUCGUGCCUAUGCAGACCUUACGCCUAAGAGAUUGGUGGCACAGUUCGUCGACGCAGCCAUCACAAAAGCCAACGAUGCGUUUGAUGAUGCAGUUAAACAAGCUAGGAUUCUCGACAUUUUGUGUGCUAUCGUACGGAAUGCUGAUUGCACAACAUUGGGCAAAGUUAUGGAUACUAUAAAUCCUUGGUUCGCCAUAAAUGAGGUGCAGAAGAAGGCCUUUCGGAUUUUGGAGGAGAUUUCGAAUAAAAGCAUUUCACCAGAAUUAGAACCUUUCUUCUUAUCAAGAUCGUCCGACUUUGUGAACGCGUUGUUACGUCCGAUCGACACAGUAGUUCCACCAGCUCGAGCCGCGUUUUGUGCAUGCAUUCAAAGUGUUGUUGACUCUAUGGAUGAUCUUCCGAAACUUUGCGAUUUCUGUCUGAAAUCACUGGACGCCGUGGUUUUAACACUAGAUAAGUCAAAUAGCACCCAUGCUCGCUCCAAUGCCAGCAAAUGUUUACAGCAUAUGUUCAACAAGUUGAUUCAAGUUGGUGGAGAAAAUGGUCAGCAUCCUUCAGCAGUGGUAAAUGACUUGUUAUCUCGGAUCUAUGAGUUGAUGACACCCGUUGAUAGUUGUGAUAACGGUACUGUAGAUCUAUGCGCAGCGAGGUCAACGUUAGUUGCGCUGAACAUAGUCGCACAAAAACAACUUAGGGUUCUAAACGGCAGUCACAUCUCGCGUCUCAUCGCUCAUGGGUGUGCUUGGAUCGGAGACGGACGUCCUCCUGUCCGCAUUUUAGUCAUCAGGUUGCUGCGAGUGCUAGCAAAAAAACUGCCAGAAUACGCCUUGCAACAAUAUCGUGAAUUACUUCUAUGUUCGAUUUUUGAUGGGCAGCCGACGUGUGAUGUUACAUCUAAGGUGCGUAAGGCAAACCGCUUGCUUUUAGAAGUCCUUGUUGCAAGAUUUGGAAUAGACAUCCUACUUAAAUAUACCAGCAAACUCGAUUGGGUGAAACAAAUGAAAAAUAUAGGAAGGCUGUCUAGAAGAAAAGAACGUCUACUAAGUGAAGGACCUGCAAAUAAAGAUUCUGAUGAUGGUAGCAUGAGCGGAAGUGGUUCGCGCCUUACAUCUCGGACAGCGGGAGCAGAUACAAUUUUGAAAUUACUAGAGGACAGCGAUGCUUCAGAGAGUGAAGGUGAAGAACGACUAACUGAAAUGCGAAGCCAAACGGGUAGUGUGUGGUUAAAGGAAGACACGGAUAUGGGUGAUUCUACUGAUCUCCUAGAUAGAAAGAGGAUGAUACUCAAGGUCACCACUUGUGACCCCACUAAGCAGCAGAAAAAGAUUGUCAAACGGAAAAACAACAGCGGUUUUGCUUUCAAAACAUCAAAGGACGGCAAACUAGUUAUUACUGGUAGCGAUUAUCUUUCCUACUACUUUUGUUUUGAUUUUUUGAAUGAUGAUGAGGACAUAAAGGGGACAAACAGAAAGAGGAGAAACGGACUUGACGAAAUGGACGAUUUUGUCCAACAUGGCAAGAAGACAAAACAGGACAUGAGUAGCGAUUCCGAUGAUGAUAGUGAGAAUCUUAACCCGAAAAGUGUGGUGUCGGGUAGUCGAACGUCUAGCUGGCGAACGGGUACUAGUCAAGGUAUAAAUCGUGAUACAUCAUUGAGAAACGGGAAAAGCCGACAUUCUAAAGGCAAAAAUGCUAAAAACAAGAAGCUUCAACCUUACGCUUAUAUCCCGUUGCGGAGGAAAGGUGUAAAGCAGGAUAUUCUGAAAGUGUUGAAGUCUCAACGUAAAGCCGGUAGAUCCAAAGGCAACAAGAUGAACUAG